UGUUGUUAAGAAACCUUUGCCAGUCCUUUCAAACCCUGACAUGAAAAACCACUCAUCGUACCCAUGUAAUGUUUACCAUGAAAGAAAUUCAAGCCACCAUAACCAACAACAACAAGCAUGUGGUUGUGAUGUUAACUUAGAUCUUCGUCUAUCGUUAGACGAAUCUGAUCGAAAACCUAAUCUAGAUCUGAACCACAGAAACCCCAUCGUCACUUCCGGUGAAGAUCCAAACCAAACAUCACCAAGAGUAUUCUCCUGCAACUAUUGCCGACGAAAGUUCUACAGUUCGCAAGCACUUGGAGGCCAUCAAAACGCGCAUAAAAGAGAAAGAAUAAUCACAAAACACAUAAAUAAAGUUAGCCAUGGGUGCACUCAUCGCGGUUCAACUAGCUCUUCCUUAGGGCUCCAAGUCCACUCUAUGAUGGUUCAUAAGCCAUCAAAUGAUUCGGGUUUCUUUCCAUCUUCUAGCACUAGAAACCCUACCGGUGCUCCACGGAUAAUAGGGCAGUUUGCACCUCUGGAGCAACAACAUGUUGGGUCUCUAGCGAGAGAAUACGUUACAACAUAUCCUCUCGUUGGAGACAUUGCUGGAGGCGUUGUUAGCGGUGGUUAUUUGAAAAGUAAUCAAGAUGAUCAAUUGCAAAAACUAGAUUUGUCACUCAAACUUUGAUAACGUUUCCAUUUGGUUAUUUUAUUUUUUUUGGGCUAUAAAUGUAUUUUGCAAUUUCUUCAUCAAUUAUCGAAACUUAUAAAUUUUGACCA